UGCGACAUGUCAAAGAAGCGCAUUUAGUUCUUGGUCAGGCGAGGUGUUUUACUUUUAUCAUUGAUACCGUUAGUCAGUAAGCAAGGAGUUGUAUUGGGUCACCUUUCAGUCUUGAGUAGUUUCAGCUGGUCAACAAGUGAUAUUGCAAAGCCCGAUCGCACCGAUGGUUUUUAAACUUUUCGUUUAGUGUUUUUUUUAGUUUUAUCGUACCAAACCAAAAAGAUGAAGUGCGUUAGUUUAUUAUUAUUUAUCACAAUUUUCGGGGGUAUAUUCCAUCAUGGUCGGUCUACCUGUGUGUUGGAGUCAGAUUUUGGAUUUAUCCUGAACUGCGCUUUUAAGAAAUCUGGCUUGUUUAGAGUGCGAAACCUCGGUGGUGUCAAAGCUCACAUUGGUCUUGGUUUUAGUGUUGGUGAUGAAUUGGGCUUUAAAGAAUCGAUAUCAAAUGUAGAAAUAAACAAAAGGAGAUCUUCAGAGGUAUCCAAAAUGCAAGCUCAGUUAAUUCAAGCCACUCAAAAGCUUCAAGAGGAAAAAAAGUCUAAAGUUACUGGGGGUGAUAAGACAAGUAGGGCAGUGUCGAAUCUUCCUCUUCAAGUAGUGGCCCCCUUGGCAGCUGGAGCCGUGGUGCCUUCACAAGAAGUGCCUCCUUUCAAGCCUAUCCCACCUGCCGCCGAACGACCCACUAUUUCUAAAUCUUCUAGCGCUAACCAACCUUCUUUAAUGGGUAUUGCUUUCACUCCCUUUAACUCUAAAUCUUCCUCUAUCUCUAGAUUUUCCGUAGGUAGUUCUAAAGUAUCUGUAGACCCUUCGUUAAUGGCUGUUAUUGCUGUACCUAAAAAGAAAGUAGCGAGCGAUAGACCUAGCGGCUUCUCUGAUAGAGUUCUUUCUACUGGUGAAGAUAAGCCUGUUCCUCAACAUUCUUCUAACUCCUUGCAAACUCUUCUCGCUAACAAUAACGUGACGGAAGAGGCACUGGAGUUGGCGUUGCUUCAGCAACAGCAAUUGAUGACGAAGAAGAGGAGAACGACAACGACGUCGACUACGACCAAGCGUCCUGUAACAUCAAAACGAGCCACUAGUGUCGGAAAAGUAAUGAACGCACCGAAAGAGUAUUAUCCAGUGGGAUAUGACAAAAACUUCGAUGAUAAUUUUACUGCCAGAGUUGAUUUACCUGACACUUCUUUUUAUUGUGGAGACCAAAAGCAUUUUCCUGGACUCUAUGCAGACGAAGAUCUUGGAUGUAUGGUUUUUCACGUAUGUGCUUUAACAGACGAAGGUCUUUUAAUGAAAAGCUUUUUAUGUCCGGAAUCCACGUUAUUUGAUAUGGCCAUACUCAAAUGUCAGUGGUGGUUUUAUGUCGAUUGCAAGAAUUCCAAAAAAUUAUACGACUCCAACAUCCCCAUAUCGAAAAGCUACCAACUGAUAAAGGCUCUGACAUUUUUUUCAGCGUACAAGAAAGAGGCUUCAUCAACGACAAACAAACCUGCUCAAGACUGAACCAGUCCAAGAAAUAUUUUCAAGUUUUUGAUCAUUCGGUGCUUCCGAGAGUUUGUCUUCUAGUCAUAGUAUUAUUGCAUUGCGAAUAGAUAUUCUAUAUAUUUAUUUUUUGAUAAAACGUAUUUAUUUUUUCUUUUUCUUAUGGUUUUGCAUGCGUUAGUUUAGGAAACCCAUCAGUCACUAGUACGAUAAUACGAUAGAUGAAAUUUUAAUUUAGUUUUUUAAGGUGCCAUUUUUUUCUAAUGGAAUGAAUAACAGUAAUAAAUUGUUAAAGCUAUUUAUUUACGAAAUGUUCCACUUUACAGUUGUGAAAGUAUCCAAAAAUAACGUACCAUGGACAGAGACGGAUCUAGACAUUUUUUGGGCUGAUUUGUAACAGAUACAAUAAAAAAUAUUUUUUGAACUUUAGAGAAAAGUUAUCUCUCCCGUCCGUGACAAUGAAUAUAAAUAAACAAUUUCGACGUUAUUAAAUAUUACGUAGAAUUAAUUCAAACCGUGAUUAAGAUUAAGUUUUUUUAUACUUACAAUUAGUUAUUUAAGUAAGGGUGAAAUCGUAUUGUUAUUGUUACUUGCCGAACCGUUAAAAGCCUGAAAAUAUUUUAUGUUAUUCAACCAAG